AAGAAAGAGUGUUUGAGUUUCCUUGAGAUUCGGGGGAGUUUCUUCGUGGUGGUAGCGAGAAAAUUCAUUCCCAGGGAAAAUUUUGGCGAAAGGAGGAAAAUGAAAUUUAUAUUCUCAUCAUCUUUACAUUUUGCAGAAUUUCCCUUCUUCGGAGUAGAUCAAACGCGCGCAUUGCAAAAGGACAACUCUCCCGCUAAAAUUGCAAAGAUAAACUAAAUGGACUACAAAGGGGACGCACGGGAAUUUCCAACUGGGCACAUGGAGGAUACUGCGCGCGAGGUAAUUCAUUUAUCAAACGGGAAGCCAUGGUGGUGUGCGGAGGCAAAAAAUUCCUACAACGAAGCAUAAAACUUAUGAUAAAAGACCUUUAAAAAGAGCCCCUAAAUAAGACAGAAAAGAUCCUCAGAAGUGCUCCAAAAGAUGACAUAUUAGCUUCAGGAUAGCUUCAAAAGGAGGCAAAAAGACGAUCCAAAGAGCUCAGAAAAAAAUCCCACAAAAAGAAACAAAGAAAGGUCUUAAAAGAGCUGCAAAAGAAACCACUGAGAAGCCCCAGAAAGUAUAGCUCAGUAACAUUCAUAAAACACGACAAAGAAAAGAUUCAAAGGGUAGCAAGGAAGAUCCCAGAAAAAGUCUCAAAGAAAACCUUCAGGAAGAACCCAGAAGAAGAGUCUCAAAAGAAAUCAUAAAAGAACCCUAACGGGAAGCAAAGGAAAAUCCAAAAAAAAACUUCAAGAAAAGCCCCAAGAAAGAAUCCCCAAAAAGAGCUUCGUCCGAGUUCAUCACUGCAUCGUGAGAGAAGAGAUUAGAGAUUAUCUAGUUGUAUAUGUGUGGCCAGGACAGUCCACCAGUCAGCUGGUGAAGCAGCCACCACACAUCUCGUCGACGAACGAUUAAUGUUUUGAGAGCUCCUCUGUAUGGCAUCGGGCGACCCUUGAGCCAGUAUCUCUCGGUUCUGCAUUGCGCGAGAAUGGUGUGCCGUGUGCCUGUGAUCCCGAACAUUUGACCUUUAGAACUAUGUCCCAGGGAUGGCAGUGCGAUUCUAUGUGAUUCUGUACUUACUGGUGGUGUUGCUGUGGUGUACCCCCGGGCUCCUUGGGCGUCGCCAUGCACGCUACUCCCCCGCCAUCCUGGACAACAGCCUCCAUGAGGAUUUGCCCGAGGAGGAUGACGAUGAUGCUGGUGGAUGCCCAAAUUGCCAUGAAUCCGACGAACUCACGGCGUUGCGCAUUGAAUUUGUGAAAAAUCAAAUUCUCCAGAAGUUGCGCCUCAAAGAGCCCCCAAAUGUCUCCCGGAGCUCCCUACCGCGUCCCAUUCUCGAGGGCAUCAUCGGCAGUCGCAUGCCCUUCGAUGAAAGUGAAAAUUCCCUUAAUAGGCACGUACGGGAGGAUUACUACGGGAAGAUUACGCAGAAAAUUAUCUUCCUCGAUGAAGAGCAUCGUUUCUGCGGUCGCGAUGCCCAAUGCUUCUCCUUCCAGAUCCCCAGUGAUUUGCACGUGGACGAAGUGGAGCAAGCACAUUUGUGGCUGUACAAGCAUUCCGACCCAAUGGAUGCACACAACCAGACAUUUGUUGUGUCCGAAAUGGCGCACUGGGACCCCGCACGGAAGUUCCCCAAACGCAGCCCUCUGGCCAUUCAUGAGACAUCCGUGGGUGAGGGUUGGGUCCGUGUGGGGCUCCGCUGGGUCACCCGUCGGUGGGUUGAGUACCAAUCGUGGCGACACGUCCUCCAUGUUGCCUGCAAAACAUGUGCCAGUGGCAGUGUGGCCGCUACAGCACCGCGUCAACCCUUCAUUGUGGUCGAUGUGAGCUCCCACGGGGGCGGGAGGCGCGUCAGGCGGAACAUCAACUGCAGCGCCGGCGUCACAGAUUGCUGCCGCGAGAGGCUCUACGUGGAUUUCAAGGAUAUCGAAUGGGAUGGUUGGAUUAUCUACCCACGUGGCUAUCAUGCCUACUUCUGUCGUGGCUCGUGCGCAUCCGUGGCCACCAUUGCCCAGGGAUCGCAUCACAACUACGUCAUUCGGAAAUUCAUGAUGCGCAAUCAGCAGCAAUCGCGUACGCUGAAGAUGACUCCCUGUUGCACUGCCACGGAAUUCUCAUCUCUUCAGCUCUUCUACUUGGACAGCAACGACACAGCUACGCAGAAAGUUUUGCCAAAUAUGAUUGUGGAAGGAUGCGGCUGUAUGUGAAGAGUUUUUUAUCUUUGUUUAAUGUUAGCAAAAAAUAAAAUUGGUAUUUAUUGCGCGGAAAAAA